AUGGCGUUCUUCGGUCUGGACGGGUACGGCAGCAGCCUGUCCGACAGUAGCGACGUGGAGGACGUGGAGUACGACGAGCGCGGGGAGAUCAUCGUCAAACCGAAGGCCGCGGCGACGAGGGACGAGCCGCGCGGGGACGAUGACGACGAGAAGGAUGACGACGACGACGACGCCGCGAGGGACGACGCGCCCGCGCCCGCGCCCGCGCCCGCGCCCGCGCCGAGGCCGAAGACCUCGCUCCUCCCGUCGCUCGCGGAGGCGUUCGACGCCGUGAAAGGCCCGCCCGCGUUCAUCACCGCGACCGCGGCGAAGCGAAACGUGACGUGGAAUCCCGCGCACGUCGCGUCCGUCGCCGAGGCGGCGCGCCGACGCGGCGAGGCGGCCGAAGAUCGCGACCGCGCGGUCCACGACGCGGGGAAGCGCGCGGCCGCGAGCAUCUCGAGCGCGCCGAAGAAGUACCGCACGGACGAGUACAUCGCGAUGCGGAGGGAGCGGGAGGAAGAGGGGGGCGCGGCCGCGCCGUCCGCGGCCGCGAUGGCGCUGUACGGCGCGUCGACGACGGCGGCGACGUCUUCGAAGAAAGCGUCGGCGUCGGGGGGGCAGCCGGACGUGCCGUCGGAGCCGACGCGCGGGAUGGACGUCGCCGCGUUCUUGGCCGCGGGGCCCGGCGGCGCGCGGCUGCCGAGGAAGAAGGGCGGGAACGACAGGAUGGCGGACGAGAGGAGGAAGCGCGCGGCGGGGCAGAACGGCCGCGACAGCGUCGAGUGGAAGUCGGAAGCGGAGAUGGCGCUCCGUCAGCAAUACGACUCGUAGCGAAGCGAAGUGAACGCACGGCAUCCAUGCGUUUCUUUUUUGCUCGCGCACGUCACGUCUUCUAGAGUUCUACUACUGAAUAUCAAGAUAGGUUUAGAGUGCUAGCUAACGAACCAACUGAACGGAGGCGUCACCCGCGGUCGUCGUGCCGCGCGCGAAUCUCCGGAGGAACCGAGACGCCCUUCCCGACGCGGCCCCACGGCUUGUCCGCGGCGCACGACGACAGCUCCCACAGGUUAGCGUGCAACCGCCUCUGCGCGUUGUCAAUCUCCUGGACGUGCUGCGAGCUCUCUUGGAGAAGCACCCCGGUCUGCGUCAUGUAGUUGUCCGCGCUCUCGCGCGCUUUGGCGAGCUCGACGCGCGCGGCGCGACGCGCCGCGACG